UACUUCUCCUCGUGGAGGAAAUCAGAGAAAAAGAAGAAGAAAAAAUGGCGACCUCUCAGAUCUGGUUUACUGUCGGAAUACUUGCUCUUCUCUUUUUAUCAGCAUUUGCAGACGAUGUAAUCGUCCUUACUGAACAGAACUUUGAGGAGGAGGUUGGACAGGACCGAGGAGCUCUUGUCGAAUUUUUCGCGCCGUGGUGUGGGCACUGUAAGAAGCUUGCUCCAGAGUAUGAGAAACUUGGUGCAAGCUUUAAGAAAGCCAAAACUGUUCUGAUUGGAAAGGUGGAUUGUGAUGAGCAUAAGAGUCUGUGCAGCAAAUAUGGGGUUACUGGAUACCCUACAAUUCAAUGGUUUCCUAAAGGUUCCUUGGAACCAAAAAAGUAUGAAGGACCACGUACAGCCGAAUCGCUUGCUGAAUUUGCGAAUAAUGAAGGAGGGACCAACGUGAAGAUAGCUACAAUCCCAUCACAUGUGGUGGUGCUAACAGCAGAUAAUUUUGAUGAGGUUGUUUUGGAUGAAAGCAAGGAUGUUCUGGUUGAGUUUUAUGCUCCAUGGUGUGGCCAUUGCAAAAGUCUUGCUCCUAUCUAUGAAAAGGUGGCAACAGCAUUUAAAAUGGAGGAUGACGUAGUAAUUGCAAAUCUGGAUGCUGACAAAUACAAGGAUCUGGCUGAAAAGUAUGGUGUUAGUGGCUAUCCUACAUUAAAAUUCUUCCCAAAGAGCAACAAAGCUGGUGAGGAGUAUGAUGGUGGCCGAGAUUUAGAUGACUUUGCCACUUUCAUCAAUGAGAAGUGUGGCACUAGCCGAGAUGGGAAAGGACAGCUUACUUCCAAAGCUGGUAUUAUUACAAAUCUUGAUGAGUUAGUGAAGGAUUUUAUAACUGCUGGUGAUGAUGAGAAGAAAGCACUCUUCUCUAAGUUAGAAGAGGAGGUUGAGAAGCUCAAGGGUUCAACUGCAAGGUAUGGUAAGAUUUACUUGAAAGCUGCCAAGAGCUGUAUGCAAAAAGGCUCUGGUUAUGCGAAGAAUGAAAUAGAGCGGCUACAGCGUAUACUUGAUAAGUCAAUCGCCCCAGCCAAGAUUGAUGAGUUCACACUGAAGAAGAACAUCUUGUCUACAUUUGUUUAAU